AUGAAUCCGGGCACGUUCAUCGACAACUUUAAAAAUAACGCUUCGGUCCCUGGGCGGCACCAGAUCUACCUGCACUAUGAGGUGGACUUCCGUGAUGGUGGCUCCUUGGUCCCACUGGAUGAGCAUGAGGGUGUCCUGUGUAACCAG